AUGAUCAACUUGAUCUUGCAAAGCAACUUCUACGAGCUGCCCUUUUCGGGAACUGCUGAGAUGCGGAACAUGUGGGCGUUGACUAAUUGUGACAUACCAGGACUGUUCAUUGUGAAAGUAAACCAGAAAGCAGAUGGCCCUUCCUUCCAACCAAUCACAGACGUCUAUCACGGAGGAGCCGAACACGAGGUGCACUGCACAGGUGACAUCCAGCCAAAGGUGUUUGCUAUGAAAGAUGGCCAGCAGCAGUUCUCGAUUGAAGAAUGCAUAGUUCCUUUUUUUAGUAGUAUCCAGAUCCUUUUCGAAAUAUCAGCUGGUAAAAGAGCAGCAGCAAACGUUUCAUAUGACCGGCCAUCUGCUAUACUUUCAGGCAAUGCCCCCUACUCAUUUUCAGCUGAUCAACAUGUCCAGGUUUUCAUAAUUCUUGAUGGUGUUCGAGUGCUUUUACCGGAAAAAGUAGUGUCCUUUUCUCAGCCUGCUGACGAAAUUUCGUUUCAAGUUGCGUCAGCAUCUUCUUUCGGAGUUUCGACCUUUGUCUUCGACGCUAUUCCGACUGUCUUUUCGAACGAAACCAGACUUCUGAUAACCCAACUCGCAUCAGACAAUUCGAUGCGCACAGACAGUGUUAACUUUAAUCCAGAUUCAUCUGCUCCUCAAAUUCAGAUCCAAAAUACGGACUUCGAAAUAGUCAGUUUUUCUCUGCAAGACGAUUCAGGGCCAAAAAGAAUAACUGCAAACACACUGGUUGCGACAUCGUCCAAUACAGUGUCGACUGGAACUGCAAGCUCGAAGUGCAUGGAAUGGGAAAGAGAAGAGUCUCGAAAGGACUACUCCUUGUGCAGAAGCCAUCUGGAGAAAUGGUACGGCUGUCCUCGCCAACUGAGUUCUGACAGAUUCAACGCCAGCUGGAGUGACGCGCAAUGGGCCCAUGAGGAAGUGCUCAACGGGAUAACUGGUUGGAAGUACGACAUCUGCUGUAAUCAUGACACAGAUUUGCGAAAAAGACUGCAUGACAUCGGAUUUUGCAAUAAGUCCUUCUGCGAGUUCAAUCAAGGUGCUGAUUUUUGUAUCAGAUCUCCUAGACUUGCAUGUUUUGAGAAAAAUUCAAUGAAGAUUAUAUACGUGUCGAACCAAUGCUGCUAUGAGUCAGCAACUGGAGGUUUAAUUCAAGCGAGCGAUGAGUCUACUGCCCCUGGGAGCGUGGAUCUUCAGAUCAACUCAAUUCCCACAAUGGCCGCCCAUUUUCGUGCCGACCUCCAACCGUAUAAACAUUGUUGUUUGCAAUCCGAAAAUUGUCAGCUUUAUAAAACUCACCGACCCACAAUUAUAGGUAACUACUGGCCUAGAAAUAUUCUUUUUGGACGUGGAGAUCCAGAUUUUCAGACGGUCGAUGGGCAGAGCUACCCGUUCAAUGGGAUUGGAGUUUUCACCCUUUUUGAGACAACCUUGGAAGACUCGACGAUGGUGGAAGUGAGCACUCGACGAGUGGGCGACGGAAGCGUUUUCUCAGGUAUUGCGAUUCAACACUCUAGUGACACAUUGCAACUGUUUCUGAACAAAAACAACGAGCUCCUACUUGUAAUAAACGACCAAGAUAUGAACCUGCACACAUUUGACCAGUUUUCGGUGGGCAUUUUUUGUUGA